CAUGUCGUGAUGAAGCCUCGAGGAGAGACUGUGGGUUUAUCGUCCCCCUGUAAGGUGCAGGCUGCCUGCUGGAGAGGGGGACUCCACUGAAGACCACACUCAGACUCUCACACUCGCUGGCUGAGUGUUCGUUUUGUUGGAUAGGCAAAAGUAUCUUAUUUUUGUACUUCUCCAGACCACUGAAAGAGGACCACCAAGAUGAGUCGAUGGCUCAAAUGCACCUCCAUGUACUUUAACACAGACUGGAAUAAGUAUGAUGACCGGCUGAUGAAGGCAGUGGACAGGAGGGAAGUGGACAAGGUCGCAGCAGUGCUCGGCAAGAAGGGCAUCAUCCCUACCAAACUUGAUGUAGAGGGACGUUCUGCGUUCCAUCUUGCUGCAACCAGAGGACACCUCGACUGCCUUAAUGUCAUUAUCAAUCACGGUGUGGAUGUCACAGCCACGGAUGCCACAGGGAAAAAUGCCUUACACCUGGCAGCCAGAAAUGGACAUUCACUCUGUGUGCAGAAACUACUCCAGCACAACUGCCCAUUGGGGAAUGUGGACCUGCAGGGAAGAACCGCUCUGCAUGAUGCUGUUAUGGCCGGCUGCUCCUCCAGUGUGAAGCUGCUCUGUGAUAGUGGGGCAUCAGUCAAUGCCAGUGACUUUGAUGGUCGAACCCCAUUGGUGCUUGCCACCCAGAUGUGUCAUCCACACAUCUGUCAGCUGCUGCUUGAACGAGGAAGUGACAUUAUAGUCAGAGACAAACAGAAUAAGACCGCAUUGAUUCUGGGUUGCGAAUAUGGUUGUAAGGAUGCUGUGGAAGUUUUGUUGAAAAACGGUGCAGAUGUCACAGCCAUGGACUGUUUCAGCCAUGACAGUUAUCACUAUGCAAGACUUGGCAAAAACCAGGAGCUGGUCUCUCUUGUAAAGAGUUACCUGGACAGUGCCACAAAAGCAAAAGAGGCUGCAAAGAAGGAACAGAGAAGGAGACAGUUGUCAACUGGAGCAGAAAUGGUCUCGGAAAGCUCUAAUCGUAUACAAGAUCUGGAGAAAAAGAAUGAGAGCCAGCAUGAGACCCUAAAGAAGUUUCACAAGGAGCAGAGGACUCUGCUUGAUAAAGUGAGCACGCUUCAGCGGCAGCUAAGUCAGGAAAAGUCAACAAUGGAGGACAUUAAUAAAGAGAAAGAACAACUGAAGCUUUUACUUUCUGUGAAAGAGAAAGAGGAAGGAACUAGAGCCGCAGAGACUGUGAGAGUCCAGCAGCGGAGUCAUUUGGGAGAUUAUCCUGGCCAGUCUGUGAUCAAAGGAAAAGAAAAUCUACUUGUUCGACAGUCGCACAGUUUGGAUUCUACUCAGAUCUUGCAGGCAGUGCCUUCUCGAUCAAUAGCUCGACCCUUGGAGCUGUCUGGACCAGUAGCUGAGGACACAGAGAUGCUUCGACAGGAACUUGAUUGUGUUUGCAGACAGCAGGAAGCUUCACAACAGGAGGUGGGCUGCCUCCAGAAGGCUCUAGGAUGCAAGUCUCAAGAGUGUGAGGAACUGACAAGAAAGUGCGAGACCAUCAAGCGUGAGUCAGACCAACAGGUACGUGAACUGGAGGAAGCAAUGGAGGAUGUGCAGAAAAGGAUGCUAGAGUCUGAAGCGAAAGUCAAGCAGCUUCAGGCUCAUGUGGUGGCGGUAAAGGAACAUUUUAGUAACCAAGCUGUUGAUGACCUCAAAGCACAGCUUAUUGAUGUCAAGGCAAAGUAUGAGGGAGCUUCUGCCGAGGUAGGACGGGUCAGGAACCAUCUGAAGCAGAGCGAGAAAGCCUUGGAGGAAUAUAAGAAAAGUGAAGGGCUACUGGCUGUGGAGGUCGAGAGGCUGACGGUGGAGUCAAACGCAAUGCAAGAAGAACGUAAGGACAUGGAAGAGACUCUAUUAAAGAUGGAGAGUCGUAUGCAAACGGCAGAGGCCAGGCUGACCUCAAUGGUUCCUGGAGAGAAAUUUGACAACAUGAAGAACCUCCUCACCAAUGCGGUGGAUGAGAAAGAACUGCAGUUGGCAGAGCUAAGAGAAGAUUACGACCGCGUACUGGAGGAAGUGGCAGUGAUCCACCGGGCAAUGGGUGACCGCAGUACCGUCUCACUGCAGGAGCAUGAGAGAGUCUGCUCUUCUCUCGAGGAGCAAGGCGCAGCCCUGAAAAACAAACUUGCGGAUGUCACUACAAAGUGUCAGACAUUAAUCUGUGAAUUGGAGGAAGGUGAGGAUGAAAGGGAACUGCUCCGAGAGGAGCUGCAGGUUCUCACCGACAAUCUGAAGACCAAAUUUGUCACUUUGGAAAACCAUGAGGAGGUCAAGAGGUCUAUGAGUCUUGCUGUGGAUGAGUUGAAGGUCAGGUUGAUGGAAGAGACGGAGAAAAGCAACCAGUUUGAGGAGCAACUGCAGAAGCUGCAGGAGGAGAAAUCGUCUCUCUGUGAGAAUAUUUCUGAACUGAGGAGCACAUACAUCCCUUGUGAACAGUAUGAGAGUGAGACGGCUGCGCUGUUGGCUCGUAACGCAGAAUUGGAGAAUGAACUUAAAAGCAUUUGUGAUCAAUACCAGGAGAAGGUGAAUGAACUUGAGCUUGUGGCUGCUGAAAAAGGAUCGCUGAAGGAAAGCAUUGACACAGAGUUUGUCACAAAGGCUGAGUAUGAGAGAGUGGGGGCGGAGUUGAAUGAUUCUUUGGAGAAAGCAAAGAUUGAAAUGGCAAUGUUAGAGGAAGAACGCAAAGUGAGAGACGAGGAGUUGCGGAAGUUGAAAGAAAGAAACGCUAUGUUGAAAGUGGAGUUUGAGAAUGUACAAGCAACAAUAGAGAAAGACUAUAUCAGCCUUGUGGAACACGAGGUUUUCAAAAGCAAAAUGACUGAUUCUUUAUCGGAAGCGGAGGGCAGAGCUAAGGAUGCCCACUCAAAGUAUCAGUCUUCCCAAGAGAGUGCAUCAAAACUCAACGAAGAAAUCAAAGCACAAAAGAAAGAGUUGGAUACCAUCCGAGACACUUUUCAGUCCAAGUUUGUGCCGUUGACCGUCAUGGAGGGAAAAGAGAUGAACUUCAACACUGCUUUGAAGGACUUGACCUAUAAACUUGCCAAGAUGGAGGAGAUGUACAACAAUGAAAAGACCAAAGAAGAAUCACAGAGGCAGGAGAAUGAGAAAUUGAAAGAUGAGAUGGGAUCUCUACAACAGAAACUUCACACAGGACUUGUGUCCACCGAGAAGCACAAAGAAGUAGAGAAUCGUUACAAGGACCAAUUGGAGGAGCUUAGUCUGAAGCUGGUGGAGUUGGAGCAGCAAUAUAAAGAGGUUACGAUCCAGCGGGCCGAACUGGAAGAACAAAAUGCUUUGUGCAACGUCGAGAUCUCAAGCCUCCAAAAAAGACUGAACAGUGAGUAUGUCCAUCUUGAGCAGUUUGAGGCCAUGCAGAGCUCUCUGGGUAAAAGCCUGCAAGAGGCGCUACAGGAGUGCGAGGGUUUACGUGAAGCUCGUAGACUGGAAGUCCAGUGUGUACAAGAGCUUGAACAACAGCUCCAGGGUCACAGCUGUGACGAAAUCGUAAAGGGCCAAUACAACCAGGCUAAGGAGGCUCUGGAGCACGAGGUCAAAGCACUCCGCUUAGCGUUGCGGGAGGAGGAGGAAACCAGCGCGCAGAGGGCUGAGGACGUAGCCACUUUGCAGUCGGAGCUCCUCAGAGUCACGCAUGCCCUGGAUGAACUCCGCAGCCGUGAAGAGCAGGUGACUGAGCUAAGAGCUGAAAAACACAGGCUGGAGGAGGAGGUCCAUGAACUAGACGAUAGGCUAUCGGGGCUGGAUGAGCAAUACGAAGAUCUGUACAGGGAAAUGACCCAGGCCAGGGACGGUGAGAAGAAGGCGAGACUGGAAACUGAGGCCCUGCAGGUAAAGAGUGCCUCAAUUGAGAAGGAGAUUGGUGAGCUGAAAGAGAGGUACGAAGAGUCAAUGGGCACCAUCAGAGAACUGCAGAAGAGGAUUCAGAUGUCCUCAGAGCAGACCGAGCUUAAAGACAAAAAAAUCACAGAGCUGCUGGCAGAUGUUGAAAGGCUGAAGCAGGCUCUGAACGGCUUAUCCCAGCUGGCUUAUGCUGGAAACACGCCCAACAAAAGACAGACCCAACACAUUGACGCUCUCCAAGUCCAGGUCAAGAGCCUCCAGCAGCAGCUGGCUGAUGCUGAGAGGCAACAUAGAGAAGUGGUUUCAAUUUAUCGAACUCAUCUUCUCAGUGCAGCACAGGGUCACAUGGAUGAAGAUGUCCAGGCUGCCUUACUACAGAUCAUCCGAAUGAGACAGGGAUUUGUGUGUUGAACUCAAUGCAAUAAGACUACCCUGACUUGAAUUCAUCAUUCACACAGUAACUUCCUGUUCAUUGUGUUCCGUCUGAACCGAAUUCAGGACACUCCAAAUUUUUCAGUAUUCUGAGCAUCUGAACGGUUCCAAAGACAAACAAUUCAUAAUGCCUUUGAUUUGGGUAAACUGGUAAACACAGGACAGUGGAUUCCUCGGUGUUAAUAUAAUCACACAUUUUAGCUUACAUAUGUCUGCUAUUUUCAUACUGUAGAGUGAUCUGAGGGUUCUGACUGUUGGUUGAAAUAAUACUUUAUAUUUUUUUAGAAGUGGCUGAAAGUCAGCUGUGUACUGUAGGUGUAAACUGCACAUUCAGGGAUAGAAACUGAUUUAUUUAUUUACUUCAUGUUGAAAAUAACCUAGCUACAGUCUUCUGCGGAAGAACAUUUCCCUACCCCCACUUUACCUGUAUUGUAGUCUUACCUGAACUACAUGUCUAUUGUAUUUUUGAGGGUCGCAUUUAUUGAGAAAGAUUUUGACAUGCUGUUCUUUGCUGACCAUCUUUACUGGGACUUUUUAGUGAAAGCUGAUCUCAAAACGCUAUAGAGACUGUAGCUUUAAAGGAAUUGUUUAUCCAAAAAGAAAACAUAUUAUCAGUGCCUUGCCUUCUUGUUCCAAACCCAUUUGAUUGCCUUUUCUGUGGAACACACAUUUCUUUUCUAAUAGCAGAAAAAUAUACUGGCCACUCCUUUUUAUAUGAUCAAAGUGAAUGAGGCAUCAUAAAUGUCUCAAGUGGUGUAUACAACCGGCUAUAUUAACUUUAAAAAUACUAAGUCAUAUGGGUUUGACAGAGGAUAAGGGUGGGUAAAAGACAGAACAUACAUUUAUGCAGAACUAUUUGUUCUUGGACUGUAAAGCACACUGGCAGAUUUGGGCCAAGUAAGUAUUAUGAAAUGGUAGGACAUAUUUUUGCAUAGUAAUUAAAUUAACAUUACAAAGUCUCUGGUUAAUAAUAAUAAUUACAGACUAUAUUACAUGGAUGUAAUCAUGCACAUGUACAUGAGGACAAGAGUGUAUUCAGCACUGUAACGUUCCUUAAAAUAAUUUGGCCACACCUGUUUGGAGGAGGGUCCCAUAAUUCUAAUGGUCAAUAGUGCCAAUCCGAAGAUCAUUGUAUACAGUUGCUCCUUUCUGACACUUAUCUACACCUGGUUUUCUAACACAGUUUUAUUUGGACCCAUGUCCAGACACUGCUUGGUGUGUUUAAAAUAUGUGAGAUGUAUUCGAGUCAGUGGGGUCUAUUGAGUUGAUUGAUUUUAGUUUAAAGUUAGUUAUUGCUUUACUUCUGCAGUGGCAACAACAACAAAAAUCACAAAGGAAACUGCAGCAUUAGAAAUUUAAAGGCAAAAUAUUUAACACUGAAGACUGUCAUAACACUCUAGCCAUGAUCAUUCUGUAUCCUGGCUGAUAUUGCCAUCUAGUGGUGUGACUUGGCAGGCCAAGUUUAAUGUGUGGUUUUGUGUGGGAGAAUGUGAUGCAUUUAAAAUCUUUUGAUGCCUCAGAAUGUGAUUAUAUCCAUUUUUUUCAUGGCUUUGUACUACUAUUGUUGAUUGAACAUGUGGUAACUAACUAAAUUCAGCAGGACUGGAGUAGAAUGGCACAAUACAAUGUGUUCAAGUUUGCAGAACAUACUGUAACUAUUGACUCACAUACUCUAUAUUUUUGUAGAUCAGUUUUUUUUUCCAUUUCCUCAUCUUUAAUAGAAUUAUUAUUCACACUGUACUAGUAUCCUUCCCAGUCAGAUAUUCUCAGAUAUAGCACUUGCUAAACUUCCAAACACAUGGCUUUGCCAGUAUUGAUUUUGAUUUGGUAUUAACUGAUUGGUUUUCUUUGUCUGGGACAAUAAAUUGUGACUGUUUAAUUAUUUGUGAGUAUUACAUUCUAACUGUGCUCUUAUGAUUAUCAGUUAGUUUGUGUUUUCCUUCAUGGAUAUUUCUCUUUUCAUCUUUUUGUUUUGCAACCCUUUAACAUCAAUAAAAGUUCCUCUUUUAGACUAAA